AUGGACGAGAGGGAUGAGCACGUGGCGGCGUUGGAGGCGAAGCUGAGGGAUCAGGGCGACGCCAUGGCCGCCUUGAAGCAAGAGAUGGACGACAUGCGCCGCGCCAUGGCGGCGGAGGUGGCGUACGUGAAGGCGACGGCGGCGCACUCGGAAGCGCGCAUCAACGACAUCGAGCUGGCGCUCGCCGCCAUCAAGGCCGGCCCCGCGGAGAAGAUCCGUGAGGAGCGCAACGAGGGCAACGGCGGGAAGAGGCGGAAGAGAGAGGAGUCGCCGGGGAAGGAGGGGCGCAUGGCCGCUGCUGCUGCGGGCACUGAGCCUAAGCUAACUGUCGGAGGUAGUGCGACCGAAGGAAAGGGGGAUAAGGCGGAAAGCGAGAAGGCGGCGGAAAGCGAGAAUGCAGCGGAAAGCGAGAGCGAGGAGGAGUGGGGGGCGAAUGGAGAGGAGGACUUCGACGCGGAGGCUGAGCUGCAGGAGCUGUGCUACCGCGUGGGCGCUGGAGGAGUGAACGGCGGUGGAGGAACUGAGGAAAGACGUUGGAGGCAAGACGUGGGAGGUGAGGCCCUUGCUGCGGCCCUUGCUGCUGCCCUUGCUGCCUUGCGCCUGUCCUUCCUUCCUACUCCCCUUCCUGCUGCCCUUCCUGCUGCCCUUCCAGCUGCCCUUCCUGCUGCCCUUCGUGCUGCCCUUUCUGCUGCCCUUCCUGCUGCCCUUCCUGCUGCCCUUUCUGCUGCCCUUCCUGCUGCCCUUCCUGAUGCCCUUCCUGCUCCCAUUCCUGCUCUCCAUGAUGCUCCCUUUGCUGCCCUCCUUGCUGUCUUUGCUGCACUGCUGACGCUGUGGAGCAAGGUUACGCCAGGAGAGACUCGCAUGGAUAUCAUUGAUGACUACCUCACCGACGAUGCCCUCUCUCAACUCACCUCCCUGCGCUCUCUCACGUCACUCAACCUUGCUGAAUCCUCCGGCUACACUGCAGAGGGGGUGACGCAGCUCUUUUCCCUCACAGGUCUCACGGACCUAAAUCUGGAGGAGACAAAUGCAACUGACGCUUCUCUUGAAGGUAUCAGCAGCCUGAAACAUCUUAACUCACUUUAUCUUGGUAAGACCAAGAUAACCGAUGCAGGGGUAGUGAAGCUGCGGGGGGUGACUGCACUUGUGAAACUGGGCUUAAAUAACUGUGAGUCAGUCACCUCGGGGAGCAUGGUGCACGUGGGGAAGCUGGCAUCACUAGAGACUCUCUGGCUGGAUGACAGUGGAGUGAGGGAGGACGGGCUGAAGCAGCUGACGACUCUCACUUCCCUGAAACUCUUCAGCCUGCCUCGAGGCGUGACCGAUUCCAGCAUGAAGCACCUGAGGAACCUGACACGCCUGGAAAAGUUGGGGCUGUGGAAUGCCAAAAUCACUGCUAAGGGUGUCAACUGGCUGAAGGGGCUUAAUAGCCUGAAGAGGAUUGGGUCAGAAGCUGAAGAAGUUGAAGGGUUGACUAGGGACGGCCUUCCUGGAGUGAUCGUCAAGGAUAGUGCAACUCUUGAAUGA